UUUCUUUAUAAGUAGACGAUCGUCAAUGCGUUUUCCGAUCAGAUUGAACAUGAAUUCGUUUGCUUUGGUGCUGCUUUUAUUUAGCUGCCUUUUGGCUGUAGCUUUUGCUGAGCCUGGCAAGGUUUACAUCAUGGGAGAGUGCGUUGACUGUAAUCGAGAUGGCGUGCCCGAGACGCCCUUUCCUGUCCGUGAUUCAGGUGCUGCUGUUCAGACAUUGACAACUGGCGCUGCAGCUUUUGGUCUUCUAUACUAUUCUAUUGGCGCUUUGCUACGCAAUAUGCCGCACUAAGUGUGUAUAAAGAAAUUAAUGAAUAAAUAAAGUGUAAUAAGCACAAAACAAAAUUGAA